AAGUCUCACUCUUAUUUGGAUUUGAUGUUAUCUUACUCUUGUCCAACAAGAACAACAAGUUCUCCUUUAUAUUCUCUCCUUUCAAACACUCUUGCAAGAUAAAUGGAUACAACAGUUUUGAUACUUCUCUUCCUUUCCUCACUCCCCCUGUUUUAUCUUCUAGCCAAACAAAAGCCACCCAAGAAGAAGCUACCACCUGGCCCCUUCGGCUUCCCGGUCAUUGGCCAGAGCCUGAGCCUUUUCCGGGCCCUGAGAACCAACACUGGCGAGCAAUGGCUCGAGCAGAAAGUACGCAAAUUCGGGCCGGUUUUAAAGCUAUCGCUGUUCGGCCAUCCGACGGUCUUUCUCGCCGGCCAGGCAGCGAACAAGCUCGUGUUCGGUAAUGACACUCUUACGCCUCGCCAGACGAGAUCGUUCACGAGUAUUAUGGGGAGGCAGACGAUGAGGGAGAUGAUCGGCGACGAUCACCGCAGGCUAAGGGCGGCGUUCGGGCAGUUUCUGAAGCCCGACGUGCUGAAAAAGUAUGUCAGCAAGAUCGACGAGGAGGUUCGGUAUCACAUCAAGAUGAACUGGACUGGACAGCAAACCGUCACGGUAACGCCCUUGAUGAAGUGUCUCACGUUCGACAUCAUGUGCUCCCUCAUCUUCGGCCUAGAUCGCGGCGAUACAAGACAAGCACUGGCCACAGAGUUGGUGGACAUGGUCGCCGGUAUGUGGUCGAUUCCGCUGAACAUACCGUUUACGCGCUUCAAUAAGAGCAUGAAGGCGAGCCGAAGGGCCCGCAGAAUACUUUCUAAGGUCAUACAAGAAAGGAGGAGAAACCUGGAUCAUGGACUCUGCUCUCCCCAUGCAGACCUCAUUACUUGCUUGCUUAGCUUAAAUCAAGAAGGAUGUGGAAAUGAAGCUUUAAGUGAGGAGGAGAUCAUCGACAACACGAUCUUCGCCAUGGUCGCCGGUCACGACACGACGGCCGUCCUCAUCACUUUCAUGAUCCGCCAGCUCGCGAAAGAUCCGGCCAUCCAUGCUAAGGUUGCUCGAGAGCAAGAAGGGAUUGCCAAGAGCAAAACCCCUGGAGAAACUCUAACAUGGGAUGACCUCAACAAGAUGAAGUACACAUGGAGAGUAGCACUAGAGACUUUGCGGAUGAUUCCUCCGGUAUUUGGGAGCUUCAGAAAAGCUCUUAAAGAUGUCGAAUUCAACGGAUAUCUCAUACCAAAAGGAUGGCAUGUUUUUUGGGCAUCAAGCAUGACGCAAAUGAAUGCAGAUAUUUUCCAUGAACCGCAUAAGUUUGAUCCUACGCGCUUCGAGAAUCAAUCAUCCAUACCGCCUUAUUGUUUUAUAGCAUUCGGAGGAGGUUCGCGUAUAUGCCCUGGUAAUGAGUUUGCGAGAAUAGAGACAUUAGUAGCAAUGCACUACAUAGUCACUCAAUUCAGAUGGAAAUUAUCAGGCGAAGAUGACGGCUUUACGCGGUAUCCAUUGCCGUCGCCUUCUCAAGGGCUUACUAUCAAACUCGAGCCAAAGGGAGAUAUGUGACCAUCUAGGAGUUUUGCUGAUGAAAAGAUAAGAAAUAAGUCCCUACCUAGUUAUGUAAUGAUCUUUGGUGCUGUGUUAAGGGGUUUGCGGAGAGUAUUUGAUGUGUGUAUAUUUCGUAGUUUUUUUCUGGACAAAGAUGCUUCAUAGAUACAU